AUGGCUCCGAAACUGGAUUUUGACCCGCCAAAAGACAUUCCCGACCUCGCCGGACGCAUAGUCCUCGUUACUGGCGGCACAAAUGGCUUAGGCUCCGAAACGGUCGCCUCCCUCGCCGCCCACAACGCCGCCCACAUCUACUUCACCGGCAGAUCGCAACCGUCCGCCGACAAAGUCAUUGCCAAGCUCAAGGAGAAACAACCCAAUGCCCGCAUCACCUUCCUUCCAUGCGAUCUUGCCUCUCUGCAGUCCGUCAAAGAUGCAGCAAAAACUCUCACCGACAGCCUAGACCGGCUCGACCUCGUCUUCGCCAAUGCAGGCAUCAUGGCCCUCCCUCCAACCCUGACAAAAGACGGCUACGAAAUCCAAUUCGGCACCAACCACGUCGGCCACGCUCUACUCAUCACCCUUCUCACUCCGCUCCUCGAGCGAACAGCAGCACAGCAAGCCUCCUCCCCCGCCGACGUGCGCAUCAUCUGGACCUCGUCGCAGGGCUACAUGCUGCACCCCAGAGGCGGCAUUGUGUUUGAGAAAGCGCGCACGCCUCAGAGCGACAUCUCCCCCGUAGCCGGCGGCUGGGUGCGCUACGGGCAGUCGAAGCUCGCCAACCUGCUGUAUGCGCGCGCCUACGCUCGCCACCAUCCGAGCAUCACCUCCGUCUCCAUCCACCCUGGCGUAUCUGCUACGGGACUAGUGACGUCGCGGGGCUUCAUGGACAGGGCGUUAAUCUACAGCACGUCCUUUUACAAGAUGUUGACGCCGGAGCAGUGUGCUUGGAAUCAGCAGUGGGCCGCUACUGCGCCUCUAGGCACGGGUGCGAAGCAGGUGGAGAGUGGAAAGUACUAUGAUCCGAUUGGGGUCAAGACGGCCUUGCAGCGCGAAGGUGGGAACGAUGAGUUGGCGGAGAAGCUCUGGGAUUGGACUCAGAAGGAGCUGGAGCCGUGGUUGGCUUGA